GGAGCACGUUAGUCUGCGGCCAGCAGAGUGCACACUCGGGUGGGCGGAUCGUAGCGGUGACAGCGACGCUCGGAGACUCCCGACAAACUGUCAAAAAGCAGACAACUAACGCCAUGGCGGAGUUAGACCUGAGUCUGAGUGACGCGCUGACGGACAGCGUUCCCCAGCCGGGCCCGGAGAGCCUGGUGGAGAGGGACUUUGUGGCUCAGCUGGAGGCAGAGGCCUUCGACGAUCAGGUCGGAGAGACGGUGGGAAAGACAGACUAUAUCCCCCUGCUGGACAAUGAUGACACCAGGGCAGACGCGGGUACUGCGUUGGAGAAUGGAGAGCAGGAUGCUCAUGGGGUGCAAAAGCCUGGUUGUAAGCUGACCGCGGGGGGACAGACAUCAGCGUUGCGCCCAGAGCCGCAGGGAGAGGUGUGGCCACGCUCACUUGACCAGCAGCAGGCCUUGGCUACAGACUUCUUAUCAGCCUCCAUGGCAGGUUAUUCAGACCCUCUGGGCUCUCAGACCAGCUCUGCCCACAUGAUGGAUACUGGCCUGAUGGGAGCUUUUUCAGGUUUCUCCCAGCCUGGUGGGAUGGGCAUCAAUCUGGAGGUGGGGACUGCACCCCUCUCAGCAGAGAAGAUUCCAAGUGUAGCUGAACCCCAGCAUCCCACACCCCCAGUGGGGUCAGACGCCCCUAAAGAGCACAGCCCCAUGCUGCCUGAACCCCAGGCUCCUCGCAGCCCUCUGGAUCUGUCAACAGGUGCCUUAGGCGAUGGCUGGCCACACCAGGCUGGCUGCCUACCGACAGACCUUCCUUUCACCCCCAGUGUGUCCACGGUGAUAAGUCGCCAUACCAGCCAUCUUGCAGUCAGCCCUGAUGACGCACCUGACAGUUGGCCUAGCCGGGAGAGCACUGCCUACGCUGGAGGCGACGAAAGGGAAGGUGAUGGAUCGGACCGAAAACAGAAGAAAAAGAAGAAAAGGCGACAGAAAGAUGAGGGAUCUUAUGAACACCUCGAGAGCAGGGGUCAACCUGAGUUGCAAGCACAGGGAGAAAACACUCCUAUAACAGAGGAAUUCUACCACAGGAUUGGCCCAAGGCGGGAUAGAGGAGAGGGUGGCUGGGAGGAGCAGCUUGGGAAGAGUGGAGGCCGAGGGAAGAGGGGUAAAAGCAGGAAGAAGAUUCCAGAGGAAUGGGGAGUGACGGCAGAACCAUUUGUCCCUGCGUCUGCAUCGACCUCUCAAAUUCCAGAGGAUGUGAUGAUGGAUCUAGGGAGUUCUGUUCCGGCAAAUUUGGAGGCAUCCUUUGCAGACAUGGACACCAGUCAGAGCCCCUGGAAAAAGGAGGUAUUCCCAGAAGAAGGCCUGGUUCCAUCCCCCUUGUCCCAGGACCUAUUCUCUCCAACAGGUACUUCUAUCAACCCACUGGUCCUGAACAGCGAGCUGAAAGCCACAGCUGCUCCAUUCACCAUGCCCUCCACCACCAACAGUACAACACUUGCAUCCUUCCCCAUGGCUUCUCGCCCUUGUGAUCCAUUUGACCUCCUGAUCGAUACAGAAAAUGCCAGUUUGGGUAACAGAAGCCAGGCUUUUUCGCCCCCUUUCUCUCCAGAGAAUGAAGCAACUGGUGGUGACAUGGUUGACAGUGGGAUGUUUGACAUCACCAGUUCCCUCCAAGAGUCUUGUGUGCAAGGCAUGCCAGAGGCAGACACCUCAGCUUUCAGCCCUGCCUCCCAACCAAGCCCAGGCCUUUCCCCUAAAGGUGAGGUGUUAGCCUCAGCCCCACCUCUCUCACCCUCAGAUGCUUCAUGGCUUCUGAACGACUCCCACAUGAGCAGCAACAGCGAGCCAUUCGACUUCAGUGACAUUAGCACUUCAGGUCAUCCUUUACCCUUAGGGCUCUCCUUCGACACCCCUAGCCCAGCCCCUCUCCGCUCCCCCAAAACCACAGCGCAGGAAUUCCAAAACAAAGGGCACAAAGAUGCCAAAUCGGCCCAAAAACAAUCCAAGAAGACUCGUUCUUCAUCUUCGUCCUCCUCUGUAAAGAGUCCCACAUCCCCAGGAGAAAAGAAGUUCCCUCCACAAGAAUCCCCAGUCAUUAGCCCCUCUUCCCCUCCAUCGGACACCCCGCUGGCAGUUCCAGGUUCUGGUCUUAACCCUACAGCUAAGCCCUUCUUUCCAAGCUUUGCUGAUUCCAUGGAAGAACCAGCUGUGAACCCUGCAGUUAUUCCCAUCACCGAAGUAAAAUCAGACACAAUGGAGAAGGCAGAGAAGAAAGAGGAGAAGCUGGAGGACAACGUAAAGAAGGCUGACCUCCUGUUUGACCCCCUGGAUAAAGCUGAGCAGAAGAGCGUGAAGGUUGAAUUCAUAAGCAGUGAGGCACCGGCCAUGGUUGAGAAAGAGAUGGAGAAGGGAAAACAGAAUGAGACACAAAAAGAGAAGGAGAAGGAGGCAGAAAAGGCAAAAGAGGCCGAGAAGGAGAAGGAGGAGAAAGAAGCAAACAAAGUAAAGGAGACAGAGAAACAGGCAGAAAAGGGGGAAGAAAAGAAGGAGCCAGAAAAGGGGAAAGAGACAGAAAAGGGUAAAGUGACAGAGAAAGAGCAGAAAGCAGAAAAAGAGGAUAAAGUAAACAAGGUAGAAGAAUCACCAGAGAAAUUGGUGAAGACCGAGAAAGCAGAAAAAGUGGAGAUGACAGAAAAGGUAGAGAGCAAAGUGGAGAAAACAGAGAAUGUGGAAAAAGUGGACGAAGUGGAAGACAAAGCAGAGAACAAAAACAACGAGAUGCUUGAGAAAACAGAGGUGAAGGACGACAAAAAGCAGCACAUCGAUAACGUGGAAAAGACCCCAGAGCAGCAGCCGACACCCGCCAAGCUUGAUACGGGUUAUGACAAGCAGGAGAAUAAGGCUGACACGGAGACAAAGACAACAGCAGAGGUGGAAGAAACCAAGAAAGAAGAGGUUGACGAAGACAAAGCCGAGGAGACGAAGAAAGAGGAGGAGGUGGAGAAACCGCCUGAGAAGCCGGCAGAAAAACCGACGCAGAAGAGCGAAAAGGAGGAGAAGCAGGACAAGAUGCAUGCCGACAAAAAGGUUGUGGAGAAAAAGGAUGACAAGAAGGACAAGGCUGCGAAAGUGAAUGGAGAAGAGAAGGCCAAAAAGGCAAAACCUGCAACUAAUGGAAGCAGUGCCACACCGAGCAAAGACCUGGGAACUGCAGACAAGAAGACCAAGCUUGCUGCCGGGGCGCCCAAACCGACUACUGCUGCCAAAGCGCGGCCGAGUAGCGCCGCUGCUGGUGGUUCAGCCCCUACUAAACGCCCCACACCCUCCACCACCACCUCCACCUCAGACAAAAAACCAACCACAGCCAAGGCACCAUCCACAGCUGCUGCUGGUCCAAAGCGGCCCUCCACCACCUCCACCAGCCGCCCUGCAUCCUCAACCACCGCACGUGAUGUCAAACCCAAGACAACUGCAGAGAAGCGCCCCCUCGUGCCAAAGGCCAGCACUGCCACCUCAAAUCAAACAGGCUCCACCGCUGCCACCAAAAAUGAAACUGCUACCACAGCGGCCAGUAAAACCGCUACAUCAGUGCGCACAACGGCGUCUACUCGCACCAGCACUGCCACCGCAGCCAAAAAGCCUCUGGCCUCUAAGACCGACAGCAAGCCAGGGGAGGAGAAGAAGCCCGGCACUCCGAGGACUUCCACAGCUGACGCUACUAAGCCCAAGACCACCACCACCCGCAGCUCUGCUUCCACCACCGCUGCGUCUCGCACUCGAACUGCAGCAGCCAAACCGGCAACACCAUCCUCCACCACCGGCACAGUACCAGAGAAGAAGCCCCCAGUGCCCCGCGCUGCUCGGGCCACUUCCUCAACCACAUCCACCACCACGAUCACCACCUCUAGGACCACAUCUCGCCCCAACACGGCACCGGCCCCCGACAUCCGUAACGCCCGCUCUAAGAUCGGCUCUACAGACAACAUGAAGCACCAGCCUGGAGGAGGGAAGGUGCCAUCUGCCUCUCAGAGCAGGGCCCUCGCCUCCAAAGAAACGAGCCAGGGCAAAGUUCACAUAGUCUCCAAAAAGGUGGACUUCAGCCACAUCACCUCACGCUUGGGCUCCAAGGACAAUAUGAAGCAUGUUCCUGGUGGAGGGAAUGUGCAGAUACUCAACAAGAAGGUGGACCUGAGUAAGGUGACGUCAAAGUGCGGCUCCAAGGACAACAUCAAACACAAGCCUGGCGGUGGUGUUGUGAAGAUCGAGUCCCACAAAGUGAGCUUUAGGGAAAAGGCCCAGUCCAAAGUUGGCUCCAUGGACAAUGUGAGCCAUUCACCCGGUGGAGGAAACAUCAAGGCUGAGGGGGCCCAGGACACAACAGAGGGGAAUGGGACUCCCCUGAGUGGCACCGCAGCCCCAGGCUCUGAGCCAGGGCAGGCAGGGAGCCCUGCUGCCCAGGAGAAUGGGCUGAAGGAGGGGGCUCCCUGUGAUAGUGAGGGCCUCCGGGAGGCCCAGGCUCUGGACUCGUGCAUCCCAGAGACAAAUUGAGUCUUUCAAGCUCAACUUCCGCGAGAAUGCUCGCUCUCGCACGGACCACGGCGCCGACAUCGUCACCUGGCCAGCCCCCCAGGACAACAACAGUCCCAACCCACACGGUUCCUUCUAUUCUCUACAUCAAAACCACCACCACCACCCCCUGGCUCCUCGCAGUGUCUC